UAGUCUGGUCUGAUGUACGAGAUCGCCAAUGACAAGAUGGCCACGGAGCGUUAGGGGAAUCGUUCUACUCUUCUAGCUACAGUGAAAUAAUAUUUUGUGCAUUCUAUAAAAAUGGGUUUAUCACAAAGCACCGGUGUGUCGGAAGGAGGAACAGAUGGAUACCACGUGCACGGGGUGCAGGAGAAUUCCCCUGCAGAAAAAGCUGGUUUGGAGCCAUUCUUUGACUUCAUCCUCUCUCUGGGAGACCACAGACUGAACCAGGAGAAUGACACGCUAAAGGACCUUCUGAAGGCUAACGUGGAGAAGGCGGUGACGAUGGAGGUGUACAGCACUAAGACCAUGAAGCUGAGGGAGGUGGAGGUGGUGCCCAGUAACAUGUGGGGAGGACAGGGCCUGCUGGGGGCCUCUGUCAGGUUCUGUAGCUACCAGGGAGCCAACGAGAACGUCUGGCAUGUGCUGGAUGUGGAUGUUAACUCACCGGCUGCGUUGGCCAGCCUUCAGGCCCACAGUGACUUCAUCGUCGGAGCAGACCAGGUGUUGCAGGAUUCGGAGGAUUUCUUUUCCCUGAUUGAGGCCCACGAGGGGAAACCUCUGAAGCUGCUAAUCUACAACACAGAGACGGAUGCCUGCAGAGAGGUGGUGGUCACACCCAAUGGGGCCUGGGGAGGAGAGGGGAGUUUGGGUUGUGGUAUCGGAUACGGCUACUUGCACAGGAUCCCGACCAUGUUUCCCUCUCUACCUGAAGAUGGCACCACACCAGAGAUACCCACCAAUGGAUACGAAGAGGCGUCUCUGAUGGUGGGUCAGUCCGGCCCACGCCUGGGACAGGGAGCAGAGAUAACAGACCGACAAAACACACUGGCACAGAUCACUCUGCAAGAGGAUGACAGUCCUCUACCUCCACCCAUACAGGGAGUCAUGGAUCCAGGCUUCUCUGAGUCUGAGGUGGCUAUGAUGACCCCUGACCCAUCAGAAGACAUGGCUGAUCGGCUGGACCUGUCUGUCUCGUCCAUCGACAUGACUGGCACCUCUCUGGCCGUGCACGAGGAUGUGCACGAGGAAAAGGACAACGACAACCUCUCCGGCAUCGAAGAGCUGGGUGACAGUGAGAUUCCUGAGAAGCCACCAGAGAACCAGAUGGAGACUGAACCUCAGGAGUCUCUUAUCCUGCCCACCGGAUCACAAGACCUAAUGUCCGAAUCCGCUGGAUCCCCUGACACAGUUGUGGAGGCUCCAUUUGCCCCUCCUCUUGCUGAUGCUGAAGCCUCGCUCCCAGACCCAGACGUCACCUCCUUCUCCCCCUCCCCUCCCCAGGACCAGCUCCAGCCAGAGCCCCUGGCCGACCUCCUGCUUCAGCCCCAGGUCAGUGACCUCUUGGUGGGGGACUCUCUCACUCAAGAGGACGUCACAUUGGAUGGAACAACACCAGAGCCAAUGUUAGAGCCAGACGUCAUCGGCUCACUGGAGCAACUCUCUGUGGAACAGUCGGAAACCACCGCAGCGGAACACCACCAUGACAACCACGAGUGUUGCCAUGACCACCACCACGAGCAUGAGGUGAGCAACCAGGAAGUGGUGGAGGAGUAGGUUUGUGUGUUUCCUGCCGGGUCUGGUCACUGCCUGAAGAAACACUAGCAGAGAUGCUGAGCAAUCAAACAACAUGGGGCAUUUACAGAACGUUGGUGAAAAGACCUGGGUGAUGUAUUUAGGUAAGGUGAAAUGCUAAUAGAACUAGAUAGAAAUGUAAUGAAUAUAGCUGGGCACAGUUCCCCAAUUGUAUAUGAUGAUGAUUCAUGUCUGUUCUACACUAUACAUUUCUAUCUGAACGUUCUGUGACUUUGCAUCCUACUGAACAGGCCCCUGGUAUAAGAGUGAAUGUUAGCAUACACAGUCUACAAUUGGUAAGACGGCAUGGUCCGAGAGAACAUUGUACAGUUUUUGAAUGACUGGUUGAAUGGUUCGAAGGGUCACGAGAGAGAUCAUAAGUAGAAAUACAUAGCAAUAGCCCUCUUGUAUUUUUGGGUAUAAGAUCCUAAGUUACAAGUUCUGCUUAAUGCUCCGAUUAGCCAUAAGGGUUGCAAUGUAAUGUUAUUAUGAAAAUGUUGUCGUUUGUUUUAGUGUAAAAAAUUUGAAUGUUUUUUUAUUAUUGUUUUGAAUUUCAAAAAAAAAAAAAAAAUCCAUUAAUGGAAUGGCCGUGUUAUAUAUCCAAAGAUAAUUACACACCGAUAAAUACAUUAAUUAUAUUCUGAAGUUGAACUACUUUAUAGAAUUCACUACGACACAGACCUGUGAUGUAUAAUCUCAAAGCACAGUUGCACCUUUAGUAUUCUAUUUGUGACAACAACGUAUGUGAAUAACAACACCAUUUUUUAAAGUCCUGUAAUUUUACAAUCUCUGUUGAAAUACACUACUUGACAAAUAUUGGACCUCAUAGGCCUGGGUCCAAUACAUUCAAAUACUUGAGCUGCGCUUGAUUUAGUGUGCCAGUAGUCUGGCAUGGCCCUCCUUCCAAAUCUGUCUCGUUGACUCGACGUGAGAAGCCUGGGCUUCCGAGGUUAGUUUGCCAGGUACAAUGGAAUAGUCUCAAAAGUGCAAACUUCAAGCUAAAUUAAGCGCAUCUCAAACAUUUAUUUGACAUAUAUAUUUUUUACAUACAUACUUGACCCAGGUUCAGUACCUCGUGGCGUCUAUAUUAUAAUAAUAAUAAUAAUAAUAAUAUGCCAUUUAGCAUAUAAUCAAUCAGGUACAGCUUCUUUGCUCUUUUUAAAACAUCUAUCAUUUGGAAGGGUUGCUUUAUUUUACGAGUUCAGGUGAACCUUCGCACUACAGCAACCAAAAGGAGCAACAAUGACUAAAACCAUGAAACCAAGAAAAACUUCUAAAAGGACUAGGAAGAGGUAGAAAGGAGUUGGAGCGCUCAACAAAAAAAGUCUGGUUGAUUUUAUUGUAGCUCACUUUAAUCCAUUGUACAGGAUGAGAACAGGUGACGUCUUCCUCAGAGUUACUGUUAUGGGAAUCCAUGUCAAAUUAAGUUCAAAUUAUUUGAAAAAGUCUCCAAUUAAUUUUUAUUGUUCUUGUUUUUAAAACAUCAAAUAUAGCAAUUGUUGUUAGUUCUGUGUUUACAAAAGAGGGACAUUUUAAUUUGGGAUCGGGUUUUAGUUCUUAAACUCAAGAAAGUUGAAUCUGUACUUUCUUAAGAAGGAGAGGUAAGAACUGUUUCAAUGAGUUAAAGUGCAUUUCUUUUUUUUGGACAAUGUCAUUUUAUGGAUUUCUGUAGCCUACGGGCCAGAUUCAAUCAGAUCGCGUUUUGUCGGCUAUGCACCUUUUAAAGGCAAUGUUCGCAUUCACGGUAAACACUGCAUAUGUUGGCUCAAUAGUAAAUUACCUUUGAAUGUCAAGCGCACUAAAUCUAAAAUCUACCGAAUGAUCGGAUUGAAUCCCGGCUUUUGUUGCAGUGUAUGUAUUUUUAAACAGUGUAAUUUUAUGGAUUUCUGUACCUACAUUUCUGUACAGCCUACAAAAGGUGAAAGGUCAUUAUUUUGUAAAGUCAUUCCUCCACGUUACCUCUUAUCAGCGUCAUCAUUUUUGUGAUCUAUGCAAUUGUCAGCCAUGUUUGUAGUUUUUUUUAACUUUUUCGCUGUAGGCAACAUACUGUAGCCAUCAUGGAAGUCAUCUGUAUAUGUAAGCUGGAACCACAACGUCAAUACAGUAUCAGGGUUGGGGUCAAUUCCAUUUCAAUUCGUCAAUUCAAGAAGUACACUGAAAUAUCAAAUUAUCUUCAAUGCUUUCUGAAUUAACCCCAACCCUGCACAGUAGCUUCUGAUGAAAUAGUGACACUACUGUUGUUAGUUUAAUAUAGAGGUUUUGUGCAAAUGCUUUUCUGUAAGGGAAGGUUCUUUUUUUUUUAUUUAGGCUAGGUGUUUGGUUGCGGGAAAGUAUUUUUGCUAAUAUUUUAUCAAUGGAUGGAGAGAGUGUUUUAUUGUUAAGAAUGAGUGCAAAUGAAAAUCUGAUUGUGAAAAUUGAUGAAUAUUCUCUGUAAAACUUUUGAUGCAAAAAUUGAAUCACUUCUCAUCACUGGAACAAAAAUAGGAAAAUAAAAAUUGUCACAAUUUAA